CUAGAUUCCACCUUUGCCUCUGCUUUUUUCAUUCUCAUUUACCGUCUAUUGAGAGCAAUAGAAAACAGCCUCGAAAUGCGGACGACAUUCACAGCACUAAAGACAGUCAAGAGCACGCUGGCGCGGGCAUGGAAGCCACGGCCAGCCAACUGGGAGCAGCAGGUGGUGCAAUUUGCGCGGCACCCCGAACAGUUCACGACACAGGUCGUGCUGAGUGACGGCUCCUCGUUCAUGGUGCGGUCGUCGGCACCGCGCGACCAGGUGAAGAUCACAAAGGACACCCGCAGCCACCCGCUGUGGAACCCGCAGGCUGAGCUGCAGAUCGAGGACGAGGGCGGUUAUCUGUCAUCGUUCCAGAAGAAGUUCCAGGGAUUUGAUGGCUCGACCAACAUUUCGUUCGCCGACGACGCCGAGGUCGCAAAGAAGCAGACUGGCACUUUGGCCAUGAUGAACAAGAAGCGCCCCAAGUCGAAAUAGACACCAAAAACUCUUCACCUAUAAAACAAUAUAUUAGGCCAUGUUCAACACUCGGCGUAUGGCUUGGAUGGGU